AUGCCAAAUGUUGCUCGUACGAGCCUCUUGGCAAGAAUCGACCACUCUCAAAGCCCCAGCGAGUUGGCGGGCAUCUGGCGGGAGCAUUGGGCAUUUGGUAAUUGAUAAUUGCCCAAAUAUAUAGGUCUCUCGCACGGGGUGUUGGGCCGUACAUUGGAGUAGCUCUCAGGGGGCGCGAACAAAGGUUGGGCCAACAAGGCGACGGUGUAUUUGAGGUGCUGACGGGGCCGAGGGCAGGAGCGAGCGAACAGGAGAAGGAGGUGGUGGCAACGAUCGCGCUCGAAGCAAAGACAGCGAGGAACCUCAAGUCGCUAUAUGAGAAAACCCACAAAGCCGCUGGCCUUAUAUGGCCCGCGCUCAAGAGCACCCUCGACAUUCGGAUUUUCAAGGAGGCCAAUCUGGCGGACACCCUGCAGUGCGGAUCGGCUAUGGCCUCGAAGGUGAGAAGCCCUCGGUUGGCCAGGCUUGGGCCAUAG